UCCAGGUUCCUCACUCAUCAGUACUGCUGUGUAAUCGAGACACUGUCUCAGGACCAUGGAGAGCUCAGGGAUCAGGAUCGGGGUGCUGCUCAUCACUCUGUCUUUCAUCAUGUGCAAUGGACAACACUUACCCGAGGUAUCUGAAGAGGACUUGCAGAACUCUGACGUGAACCCUGGCAAUGGGAUGGUUGAAGAGAUGGAGGAUCUCCUGUCAAGGCUUCAGAACAGAUUUCCUUCAACAGAGAAACGUGGCAUUCCAGCAUGUGCAAUUGGCUCCCGUUGUGCGAUGAGGUUUGGUCCCCGCUUUGGGCAGCUGUGUAGCUGUAGCCGAGGCUCCUACUGCAACUCGUACCUGCUAAAGUGCAUCUGAGACACCAGCUGGAGGAGAUCUGUCCUGAUCUCUCAUUUCAACAUUUCCAUAAACAUGACCACUUACUCAGACACAUAAAUGCAUUACUCUAAACCCUCAUUGAGCUAGUUAAGCAUGCGAUUUAUAUUCCUGAGUGCUUGUCUUUAUGCUCUAGAUUACAAUAUUACUUUGUGACAAACCCUGAAUUUCUUCAGUGGUGUAGACUGCAUGUUGUGUGUUUUAAUGUGUGCAGUUGUAUAGCAAUGCAGUUUCUGUUGUUACUGUACAAUCUUAAUCGAUUCAUAGCAUGUAAUGAGCCAUGCAGUAUGUUAUUUUGCACAAUAAAC